AUGUCUGGCACACACCCAAGUCCCGAACGGCGGCCGCGAGCACUCGCCGAAAUCAAUUUCAACAACAUCAUCAAUGACACAGCAACGUCAUCCGAGGAUGAGGCCCCCGAGAUUCGAGCCAUUGCACCGGCCGAAGCACAAUCGCUUGUCGGAGUCAGUCUUGGACGAGCCCAAACCCAUCUGAUCUUGCCUCACACCCCGGCAGCAGAGAAGCAAGCAGCCAUUGACGAGCAGGGCGGCUUCUUUGGCGGUCCGCAAAUCCAAGACGAUGCAGACCUGGAAGAUGACGAUGCACCUACCCAAGAACAAGAGCGUGUGGCUAGACCAGUGACAAGAGACGGAGGGCUUGUGCAAGAGAGGCCGACAACAGGGCAACGAGCGCCGGCCACCACAACAGGAGAGACGACGGUGCGCCUACCUUCACCAUGGCGUGCCGGUCCCAAGAAGUUCAAGAGGACAGAUGAGAGUCGCUCCGUGCUCAAGGAUGGUUUCCGCCGACGAGCUUCUUCGACUAGUCCCUCUGGAAUGGGAGUACAGAUCGACAACUGGCGAGAUGCCCUCAAAUACAGUAUACACAACUUGACCUCGCCCUUCUCCAUCGCUCAUCCGCAAGAAUCCGAUCGCAAGACUCGUCCAACCAACAGACAGAGACGAUCAGGCUCUCUGUUCGCAUCCUUGGCUUCGCUGUCCUCGUCCUCAAGUCCCCCGUCGGACGAGUCCACCUCUAGUAAUGGCAAUCCUAGAUUUGCGCCAAUUCGCCCAGCCACCUCCAGGACAACCAGCGGUCAACCUGAAAGCACCCUAAGCCCUAUGGCUAGAGUCAAUAGUGGCAGAAGUCAUCGAAGCCUGCGACGCUCUGCUUCCGAUACAUCCCUACAAACCUUCCGCACCCUCUCGCGAGUACCUUCCCUAGGCGAUGACAGCCGCUUCGAACAUGUUCAAGCACAGGUCAACAGCAGGAUGAAGGCCAUCAGGGAUAGCUGGCAAGAUACUAACAUUAGACUGCCGUUGUUGCCCUCAUUCGCUUCUCUAUCCGAUCUUUCUCUCACGCGCGGGAACUCGGUCUCAAAGAAGAGCCAGAUUUCAAAUCCUGGCUCUUCCAGCAGUGCUCUACCAUCAUCUGCAAAUCAGAGGCGCAGCGCAAACUUACCCAGAGGAUCAACAGCCCCACAUGCGAACAAGUCUGCUCAACAGCACCCUCAUUUCUCCAAAGCGCUUGAUGAAUUGACCGGUGAUGUUGUUGUACUUGGAGGCUACCGUGGCUCUAUAUUAAGAUCCGCCGAGCCGCCUCAUAGACAGCUUUGGGCGCCGAUUAAAGUCGGCUUGAAUGUAAGGAAAGUAGACCUGGAAGUCGGCCUUGAUGCCGACGCUGAUGAGAAGGCUACCGAGAAAAUCAUCCCAGGCGGGAUGCUUUCUCACAUCGGCCCUGUUGACAUAUCUAGACGCUUGUUCAAACGUAUGCGUGCCUCUGAGAAUGCCAAAAGUCGAAAGCUACGCGUUCAUGAUUAUGGUUAUGAUUGGCGACUGGAACCAGCGUUUUUGAGUAAACAGCUUAUUGAAUUCCUGGAGAAACUGCCAUGCAACAAACCUGGCACUCCCAAGGAAAAGCGUGGUGCGACCGUCAUUGCGCAUUCUCUAGGUGGCCUCAUCACGAGACACGCUGUGAAUCAACGGCCUGAAUUAUUCGCCGGAGUUGUAUAUGCGGGUGUACCCAGGACCUGCGUCAACAUUCUCGGACCCUUCAGAAACGGCGAUGAUGUGCUUCUCAGUAGCCGUGUUUUGACUGCUCAAGUCAACUUCACCAUUCGCACAAGUUUCGCCCUUUUGCCAUUGGACGGCCGCUGUUUCUUCAACAAGGAGACCAAGGAAGAAUAUCCUGUCGACUUCUUUGAUCCGCAAACCUGGAUUGACUAUCGUCUCUCUCCCUGUAUAGCUCGCCCAUUGCCUUCUCUCAACGAGCCCUCGCACCCCAGUGGUCUGGCUGGUGUCAUGAACAGCAUGGCAGGCGUCAUGAGCGGCAUAGUGCCCGGCCGCAAGAACACUGGCAGCAGUGACAAGGCGGAAGCAAAGGGCAACAUUGAUUACAAUGGUACCGACAAUGACCCAAGCAGCACUGGGCCUUCCAAGAACUCGACGGAUACACCAAACACAGAUCCCAACACCUCGAUUGCGACCGCCGUGACCAUUCCUCGCGACCAAGCUAUCGCAUACCUCACCCGCGUUCUCGCCAGCGUCAAGAAAUUCAAGGAAGAACUAUUCUUCCACCCUCCACAUGCAGAAGCCAACAUCUACCCACCCGCCGCAGUCAUCUACGGCAAAACCACGCCCACAGUAUACGGCGCCAAAGUCACAAGCAGAGAAGCCAUCAAACACGCUUCUGCAUACGAUAAUCUUGCAUUUGCCUCUGGCGAUGGCGUUGUACUUGCCAAAGCUGCCAUGUUGCCUGAUGGAUAUCAGAUUGCCAGAGGUGGAUUGGUGAGUUCUGAGCGUGGGCAUGUGACUCUGCUCGGAGACUUGGAGGCUGUAGGGAGGUGUUUGAGAGCUGUACAGGCGGCGAGGAGGAAAGGUGUUGGUAUGGGUAGGGAGUAG